AUGGGCAGGCCACCUCCUGAUGUCUGGGAUAAAGAUCCAGAUGUGCUUUCUAUCGCAGCCUCUGACAGUUUGGAGGGUCUGCACGACCCCCAGUUCGAGGAUGAUGUCCAGUCGCUCUUAGAUUUUGGGGAUGGCUCUUCAGGGCUUCCUCUUGGGGGGCUCCUAGUUCUGCAGCCCUUUCUGAGAACCCAGCUGGCUAACAUUGCAGGGGCUGAAACACAUGGGGUGGCCACGGCCCCCCGAGUUGGGGCCACCUUUGCUAUGUUGGCAGGAGCUGUGGCAAGGGCUGGCAGGGAUGCAAAUCACCCUAACAGGCGCUGCAGGGCCACUGAUAACCAGCUCCGCAGAGCUUAUCAUGCCUCAGCGUUGGCGGCCAGGCUGGCGUGCACCAAUUCUUUGUUGCUGCUUUAUUUGGAGGGUCUGCUGCAGGAUUUGGCUUCAGCAGCCCCGAGUGAUGAGAUGACGGAGAUGCUCCGUGUGGCGGACAUGUUGCUGCGGGGCACGAGUGCGCAUGCCCAAGCCCUUGGCCAAUCAAUGGCCUCCAUGGUCCAGGCACGCCGCCAAGUCUGGCUGUCACAAUCCAAUCUGUCCGACCAGGAUUGCAUUGCUGUGCUGGCAGCUCCAGUGGUGCCAGGAGAGGUCUUUGGUCCACCCUGUGAGGCAACCUUGGAGCAGUCUCGUAGGGCAAGGGAGCUGACGCGCUCUGCAGCUCUACGGCCUCCAGGGCGCAGCAGCCUGCCGCCCAGGGGUUCCCAGUCCGGGGCGGCCCGGCUCGCCAGCGUUCCUUUCGCUAUGACCGCAGUGGAAACUCUGGUCGUGGGGGUGCCAGACUGGGGUCAGCUGGUGGCCGGCGCUGACGGUUGUCAGCCUCCGGCUUCACGCUUCACUCCUCAGCACCUUGCUCACUGGCGCCAGUGUACUCGGUGCCCUUGGGUACUAAAUACACUGGAGUCAGGAUACAGACUCCAGUUCAGAACCAGACCACCGCCGUUUCCCGGCAUUGUUCCUACCCUCCUCAGCAACAGAGCAGAUUGUCAGUCCCUUGUGACAGAGGUUUCGGCCCUUCUGAAGAAGGGGGCAAUAACACCCGUCCCCAGUGGCGAGCUGCACCAAGGGUUUUAUUCAACCUACUUCUUGGUUCCGAAAAAGGACGGUGGCCUCCGUCCUAUCUUGAACCUGAAGGGGUUCAAUGGCUUCCUGAAACGCCUGCCCUUCCGUAUGCUCCGUCUGUCGCGCCUUCUGUCAGCUAUAAGGCAGGGAGACUGGUUCACUACAGUGGAUCUGCGCGAUGCGUACUUCCACAUUCCUAUUCACAGAGGUCACAGGAAGUACCUCCGUUUCUUCUUUCAAGGCACCGCAUACGAGUACGCCGUCCUCCCGUUCGGCCUGUCCCUGUCUCCGCGCACCUUCACAAAGUGCAUGGAGGCAGCGUCAGGCCCAGCUCGACACCUUGGGGUGUUGAACCACCUCAAGAACCUGGGGCUGGCCUUGAACAGGGAGAAGAGUUGCCUUGUUCCAUCCAGGAGGGUGGAGUAUCUGGGUUUGGUUCUGGAUUCGACCUUAAUGAGAGCUGUCCUCUCCUUGAAGAGGACAGCGGUGCUGAUGGACAGCUUGUCACAGUUGACUGUGGGCAAGCACAUCUUAGUGAAGUGUGGCCGGAGGCUGUUGGGCCUCAUGGCGGCGGCGUCCCAGGUAGUGCCCCUGGGGUUGCUUCACAUGCGGCCGCUGCAGCGUUGGCUUGCCAGGCACAAAGUGUGCCCCCACGAGGAUGGCCUGAGGGCCAUCCUGGUGUCUGCAAUUUGCCUUCCAGCACUUGCAUGGUGGACCACAGCCCUAGGCCUCAGGGAGGGAGUUCCGCUGGGGCCGGUGUGCUCAAGGGUGACCAUCACUACCGACGCCUCAGAAGCAGGCUGGGGGGCCCUAUGGGAGACCCACCCGGUCCGGGGCCUGUGGGGUCCCUUUUGGAGAGGGGCUCACAUCAACCUGCUCGAACCGGAGGCAGUGUAUCGAGCCUUGGUGUAUUUCCUUCCUGCAAUUCGGGGGAAGCAUGUGUUGGUUCGGACCGACAAUUCAACUGUGGUCGCUUACAUCAACCGGCAGGGCGGACUGCGGUCGGGGUCCUUGCACGACUUGGCACACAAGCUCCUCCUCUGGGCUCAUGCGCAGGGUGUGUCCCUGAAGGCCAUCUACUUGCCAGGGGCAGUGAAUGUGGCAGCAGACCUCCUGUCCAGGGGCGGCCCCAGGCCGGGGGAAUGGCGGCUUCACCCGCAGAUUGUGGUAGCCAUUUGGUCUCGCUUCGGAGAGGCCCAGGUGGACCUCUUUGCCUCACGGGAGACCACACAUUGCCCACUAUGGUACUCCAUAGCAGGUCCACCGGGAACAGUGGGGGUGGACGCUCUUGCGGGCCAGUGGCCCCAGAGCCUGCUGUAUGCAUUUCCUCCCUUUCCCCUCGUACCAGCCGUUCUGGCCAGGGUGGGGAUGAUGGGGGCCAGGGUUCUGCUUGUGGCCCCAGAUUGGCCACAUCAACCAUGGAUGGCAACUUUGCAGAGGCUGCUGGCGGGAACCCCAUGGUGCCUCCCAGUCAGACCGGACAUGCUGUCACAGGCUCAAGGACAGCUCUGGCACCAGAAUCCGGGGAUUUACAGGCUGCAUGUCUGGCCUCUAGAUGGGAGCUGCUCAGCAGUUUGA